UGCCAGUGCCCGACGGCUGUCUGGUGGCGUCCCCGCGUGCUCCUCGGCCUCAGGGGCUCUGAGCAUCCUCCACUGUUUCUCAGGUCGCUCUCCCUAGUUAUUUGGAUCUCCUACUGUCAUUUCGAACUUCCUCAACGUCAUCCACUCCCCAUGUUACUCUGGGCCCCUCGAUGUUUCUCUGUCCCCUGUGUUAUUCUGGGCCUCUUCCCCUGGUUUUUCGGGUCGUUUUACUUCUGACCCGUUACCCUGGGACCUUCACUAUGACUCCGUCUCCACUGAUACCCUGUCCGGUCAUUCUCUAUUUCUUCUCCUGGACCUCUGAGCCCACAGAUGACUGUAGUCUCGUGUCCCCCUCUUCUUUCGCUCCCCCUCCUCAGUUUCUCUGCCUUCCCGGGAGACCUGAGCCUGCUCUGCGGUGGGCGAUCAUCCUUCACCCGCACUGCGCCUCCCUCUGUGGUUCCCACGUUCCUGGGCAGUACUCCAUAUUUCCCCCCUGGUACUCCAUGGUACUCCCUGCCUUUGCGGAGGCUGAGACAGCAGCAGGAAGGGAGCUCUGCCAGGCUCCUCGCCUGCCCUGCCAGAAGGAGGCCCUUGAUCCUCUACCACCCGUCUCCUCCCCUCUGGGCCAGCCUCCAAGCCUGGGGCUGCUUGAAGGGGGUAGUCCUAUUGGACAAAUGCAAACUUGGGGGAAGACAAUCCCCUCAACCCCUUUCUUCGGGGGGUGGGCACGUUCUGAGUGCUUCUUGCCCCUUUCCCAGGUGAGGGCCCUGCUCAGGAGGCCCUGCAGUCCUUGAGCCGGCGGCUUCAGGUGCAGGAGAAGGAGAUGGAGCUGGUAAAGGCAGCCCUGGCAGAGGCCCUCCGCCUGCUGCGGCUGCACACGCCCCCCACCCUCCUGCAGGACCCUGGCACGCCCGCUCCGCCACGGGACAGCCCUGCAGCGCCCCCAGGACUGCCACCCACAUGUGGCCCCUCCUUGGUGAGCCGGGGCACCCAGACCGAGACAGAGGCAGAGACGGAGCCAUCCCCUGGACCCCCUGGCCUGAGCAAUGGGCCCCCAGCCCCCCAGGGGGGCAGCGAAGAGCCUGGUGGGACCCAGUCUGAAGGAGGGGGCAGCAGCAGCAGUGGCACUGGCUCCCCUGGCCCCCCGGGGGUCCUCAGGCUUGUGCAGCCCCCACAGCGUGCUGACACAGCGGCCUCGGCAGAAACUCUCCCGGAAGGCAGCUUCCUCAGCCAACCUGCUGUUGCGGUCAGGGAGCACAGAGAGCCGUGGGGGGAAAGACCCCCUCUCCAGCCCCGGGGGUCCUGGGUCUCGGAGGAGCAACUAUAAUUUGGAAGGCAUCUCAGUGAAGAUGUUCCUUCGUGGCCGCCCCAUUACCAUGUACAUCCCGUCUGGCAUCCGCAGCCUUGAGGAGCUGCCCAGCGGCCCACCCCCGGAGACCCUCAGCCUUGACUGGGUUUAUGGGUACAGGGGUCGUGACUCCCGCUCUAAUCUGUUUGUGCUGCGCUCUGGGGAGGUGGUCUACUUUAUCGCUUGUGUGGUGGUGCUGUACCGGCCCGAGGGAGGCCCAGGGGGUCCUGGAGGUGGCGGCCAGAGACAUUACCGGGGCCACACGGACUGCGUUCGCUGCCUGGCCGUCCACCCCGAUGGUGUUCGUGUAGCCUCAGGACAGACAGCUGGAGUGGAUAAAGAUGGAAAGCCCCUGCAGCCGGUGGUUCACGUCUGGGACUCAGAGACCCUGCUGAAGCUGCAGGAGAUUGGACUGGGGGCCUUCGAGCGGGGUGUGGGAGCCCUGGCCUUUUCAGUGGCGGAUCAGGGUGCUUUUCUUUGUGUGGUGGAUGAUUCCAAUGAGCACAUGCUGUCAGUGUGGGACUGUAGCCGAGGCACAAAGCUGGCUGAGAUCAAGAGUACAAAUGACUCAGUCUUGGCCGUUGGCUUCAGCCCUCGUGACAGCAGUUGCAUUGUCACCAGCGGGAAAUCCCACGUCCACUUCUGGAACUGGAGCGGAGGAGCAGGGCUUCCUGGGAACGGGACGCUCACCCGGAAACAGGGUGUCUUUGGGAAAUACAAGAAACCCAAGUUUAUCCCUUGCUUUGUGUUCCUCCCGGAUGGAGACAUUCUCACUGGGGAUUCAGAGGGGAACAUUCUGACCUGGGGGCGGAGCCUCUCAGAUUCCAGGACCCCAGGCAGGGGUGGGGCCAAAGAGACCUACGGGAUUGUAGCCCAGGCCCACGCUCAUGAAGGUUCCAUCUUUGCCCUCUGUCUCCGGCGGGACGGGACAGUGCUGAGUGGUGGUGGACGGGACCGCCGGCUGGUCCAGUGGGGGCCGGGAUUGGUGGCCUUCCAGGAGGCUGAGAUUCCUGAACACUUCGGGGCUGUGCGGGCCAUUGCAGAGGGGCUGGGCUCCGAGCUGCUGGUGGGAACCACGAAGAAUGCGUUGCUGAGGGGAGAUCUGGCCCAGGGCUUCUCCCCUGUAAUCCAGGGCCACACGGAUGAGCUCUGGGGGCUCUGCACGCAUCCCUUCCAGAACCGCUUCCUGACCUGUGGCCACGACCGGCAGCUCUGCCUGUGGGAUGGGGAGGGCCAUGCGCUGGCCUGGAGCAUUGACCUCAAGGAGACGGGUCUGUGUGCUGACUUCCACCCCAGUGGGGCAGUUGUGGCCGUAGGACUGAACACAGGGAGGUGGCUGGUUUUGGACACAGAGACCCGGGAGAUCGUGUCGGACAUCACUGACGGCAAUGAGCAGCUCUCAGUGGUCCGGUACAGCCCAGAUGGGUUGUACCUGGCCAUCGGUUCCCAUGACAACAUGAUCUACAUCUAUAGCGUUUCCAGUGAUGGUGCCAAGUCCAGCCGCUUUGGCCGCUGUGUGGGUCACUCCAGCUUCAUCACUCAUCUUGACUGGUCCAAGGAUGGGAGUUUCAUCAUGUCCAAUUCCGGGGACUAUGAGAUCCUUUACUGGGACGUGGUUGGAGGCUGCAAGCUCCUGAGGAAUCGCUAUGACAGCCGAGACCGGGAGUGGGCCACCUAUACCUGCGUGCUGGGCUUCCACGUCUAUGGCGUGUGGCCAGACGGCUCGGAUGGCACCGACAUCAACUCCCUGUGCCGCUCCCACAACGAACGCGUGGUGGCCGUGGCCGACGACUUCUGCAAAGUGCACCUGUUCCAGUACCCGUGCGCGCGAGCCAAGGCGCCGAGCCUCGUGUACGGCGGCCACGGCAGCCACGUGACCAGCGUCCGGUUCACGCACGACGACUCGCACCUCAUCUCGCUGGGCGGCAAGGACGCCAGCAUCUUCCAGUGGCGAGUGCUGGGCGCUGGGGGCGCGGGGCUGGCGCCCGCCACGCCCUCUCGAACCCCCUCCCUGUCCCCCGCCUCCUCUCUCGACGUCUGACCGCUGCGGGAGGGGACCCACCGGCCCUGCGGCGCGGCUCCGCCCCACCCGAAGCCCCCAGGACCAGGGGCCGACCUUUCCUGGACUUCGAGACAUUCCCGAUCGCUCGUUUCCCUGGAGGGGGCGAAUGGCACCCCCGCACACACUGUAGAGACCCGCUGGCUGAGCCGGGCCGACCCAGCCUGGGCCCUGACUCCCGCCGCCUGCUGAGGGGCAAUAAACCAAAAGCAAAGUC